GGAUAUACUGAAACACACAUCACGGCUGACUACAGGAAUGUUCACACAGGUAUAGAAUAACAAGAAUUAAGCCACUGCUUCCAGGAACCAGGACGUUCCAGUACUAAGCCUAUGGGAAUGAGACCAUUCAGCAGUCAACGGGUUAAAGCAUCCUUUCACACCCCUAUAGAUCUCUCAUGUGAACAGAUCCUGGUGCAUGCUAGCAUCACGACGGGUUAAUGCAACCUUUCACACCUCUAUAGCUCUCGUGUGAACAGAUCGCGGUGCAUGCUAGCAUCACUAGGGGGCUGGGAUGCAAGCGAGCGGGCGGGGGCAUCGUAAUGAGGGAUGAUGGAUGCAGAGGAAGCAGUCAAGUAUGGUUACGUGACAUGUUUGUCACUCUAGUAUUAACAUGAUUUCAAUGUGUUAAUGAGAUAAAAGACAUACAAGUGAUAUAUUUUUUUCUACCAAUCAGGACACAAUAUUUAGAGUGCUACUUUGUUUUCCAAUGAAUAUCUACGCGGAUAAUCAUAUCAAAGGAUUUCACAGUGAGAUGUUAUUUGUUAGAGAGGAAUUAUCAUCAACAUUUGCGGUAGAUUGGAGAGCAACGUACAACCCAAGCCUUUCCAGUGGAAUACUCAGUCUGAAAACUUCUAUUGGAUAGAAAGCAGAAGAAUCGAUCUCCUGGAAUAGCACUCUUGUAUCAGGACCACAAUGAAAUUUGAAUUACUGAAUAUCGCUACUUUGCAGAUAUAACAUGUUAAAUCCUUCUUUAAAGGAUCCGAUACCUCGUAAUGCAUGAGGUCCAGAGCAUCAUGAACAUCACUCCAGGAAUGUCAACAGUGGGAGGAGACGGUCUCUUAACCACCGCUCCGAAUCAUCCAUCAGCUUAUCCCAACCAAACACACAGUAUCAUCAUAGCAACCCUCUUCAUCCUCGUCGGCACGGUCGGGAUGAUCGGUAACUGUCUGGUUCUCAUCGCUGUUCUACUGUCAAAGAAGCUACAGACCGCCACCAACGCUUUCGUCGUCAACCUCAGUAUAUCCGACUUUCUGACUUGCUUCGUACUGCCAUUCCAGGCGUCAGGGCUUUUCAGUGACAGGGGAUGGCUGUUGUCCAGUGACAUGUGUAACUUUGUUGCCGUGUUGACGAUUACAACGCCAACGGUCAGCGUAUUAACACUCGGAAUGAUCGCGGUGAACCGUUAUACAUUGAUUACCAAAACUAAGAAAACUUAUCAACAGAUCUAUCGGUUACCGAUCAUAGCGACUUUUGUCACAGCGACGUGGAUGUUCCCAAUUUUAACGAUCGUCAUUCCUCAGUUGACAAACCUUGGGGACCUGGGGUAUGAUUAUUUUUAUAAAAUCUGUAAAUGGGAUGUUGAUCAAUCGAAGAUACCUAUCUUUCAGACGAUAUCAUCCGUUACAUUCUUAGUUUCAACUGGAGUUAUCGUUUUCUGCUACGUGUCUAUCUAUCUCUACGUUCGGAAGCAUAUCACUGAAAUGAAAGCUAAGCGUAAGAGCCAGAUGAUAUCUCUGCAGAGCAUCAACAUUGAAGAAAACAAUGCCGCAUCUCCAAGGCAACGCUCUCCAACAAAGAGCAACAUCAACGGAACACCCUCUCUCAGGCAGGUCAAGAUAACCAAGAACCUCUGUUACGUGGUGAUCAUAUUCUUCGUCUGCGUGGUCCCGUACUCCGUGCUUCUUCUCUUUCGGGUUCGCCAUCUUGCCGUGGCGUAUUUUGCGGUGUUGUUUGUGCUAUCAAGUAACAUUAAUCCUAUCCUCUAUGCUGCUAAGCAUCCUGAUUUCAGGUUGGUCUUUACUGCCAUGCUGCAUUGUAGAUACCUUGACAUCGUAAGCCCAUCGGGGUGUCUCCGGACGAUCAUAGAGAGGACUGGUGCCACACCAAACAAUAAAAGCACCUCAGAGUCAUAGUGAUCGAUGAUUAGUUAGAAGAAAUUAAUUGAAAAAAUGUAUUACCUGGUAUGUGGAUUGCAUGAUCAUAACAAUUGUCCAUUCAAAAUGAAAACUGUUUCCUAAUAGAGUACUGUUAAACAGGGUGAAUAGGAACUACCUGAGUGGAAAAAGGAAGUUUUCUUCCAUGAUGAUUUCUAAUUAUGAAGCAGAUCCUUUACAAAGUUUUACUGUUUAUAUAUAUAUGAAGAAAGGAAAUGGAAAGGAUCUACAUUAUUUCUGAAGAUUCCUGGAGAAAAUUAUGUCAUGCACUUUUCAAAUACUUGUUCUUUUUCGAAUCGAUCACCCUUGUGUUUCUAUUUACCGUACCACAUCUUAUGGUACAAUAAAGUUUCUUUGAUUUUAAUUGUGAAAGUACACACCACAUUUAGAUUCAUAUAUUCAUAUUCAAUUUUCUUCUUUGACACAGGAAGGAGCAAAUCUUUUCUUUCCUCCACAACAAUUUUGAUACCUCAUAAGGAAACGUAACAAAAAUAUACUACCAAACUAUUUCUUAAUGUUACUUUGCAUAUAUCCCUGGAGACUGGUUAGUCUCUACUGUGUACUUCCCAUCGACCUAGAUCAGAUUUAAUAAUACCAUGGAGCACUUUGGAGUGAAAUGUAGCAUGAACCCAUACUCCAAUGUCAUCAGGCCAACCCAGCUACGGGGAAUCAAAUAUUUACCCACAAAUCAUAAACCAUUCAACUUCAAGAGUGAAUGCAAAUAAGAAAUAUCACUAGGAUAAUAAAUGCAUAAACAAAAGAUGAUAAUCUGUUUGAUUUUUAAAUAAUAUGACACAAUGAUAUCUUACACAUUUGAGGCAUAUCACACUUUAUGUUGCAUAUAUUUAGCAUUUAAAAAAAUCUUGUUUGUUUGGUUCAAAGGUUAAUUAUUUUCCCCCUUGGAGUGUUAUUUGCAUUGUCUUUUCUGAAAUUGAAAGAUAAUAAAAAAUAAUUUAUAUCUAU